AUGGACCCUAGGAGAACUCGUGAUCCCCGAUUAGCACGAGCUCAGGCCGCAGAUCCACGGCGCUCGGCAUCAAAUACACCGCAACCAAAUCCUUACGGGGUGUAUAAUGGAGCUUCGCAGCCCGCAAGCAACUUACAUACGCCAAACAACUCGACACCGCCUCAACCCUUCGUACAAGCAGGAGAGACCGUUGUCCAGCAAUUCCCUCAAGCGGCGGUUGCAGGACCGUCACAAUUCGUUGCCACGUCAGACUCCGGAGCGCCUUUCCCUCACAAAACGCGCCCUCUCUUCUGUGUGGUUUGUGCUAGCAAUCAGAACCGAUCAAUGGAAGGCCAUUAUAUCUUGUCAAAAGCAGGAUUUCGUGUCAUCUCAUCCGGUACUGGUUCCAUGGUCCGCUUACCGGGCCCUUCGGUCGAUAAGCCCAACAUCUACGAGUUUGGUACACCGUACAAUGACAUCUACGAAGAGCUUUACAAUAAAGACCCACGACUGUAUACUGCGAACGGCUUGUUGCAGAUGCUGGACCGGAAUCGUAAGUUGAAGCGCGCACCCGAACGCUGGCAGCAGAUGUCGACCGUCGCAGACGUCGUCAUUACUUGCGAGGAACGGUGCUUCGACAGCGUCUGUGAAGACCUGCUUGCGAAGGGUAGCCAAUUCAAUCGCGUGGUCCACGUUAUCAACAUCGAGAUCAAGGAUAACCACGAAGAAGCGGCUAUUGCGGGACGAGCCAUCCUUGAUCUUGCCAAUGCAAUCGAGGCAUCGGAAGACGUCGACGAGGAUAUGCCUGGCAUUAUACAGGCACACCAGGAGAGGCACCCACAUAGUUUGUUACACACCAUUGCCUUCUAUUGA